AUGCAAUACUUAGAAAAAUAAGGAGAAUAAGAACAAUAGGAUCAAUCGGAGUUAUAUUAAUAAAUAGAGUUAUAGAAGGACUUCGAGCAACAAGAGGAUCAAAAUGGAUAAGAAUUAUAAAUAAAAUAAUUGCAAUAAGAGGUAGAAGAAUAAAACAAUUAAGAAAAAUAAUAGGAGUAAUAAUAAGAUUAUAAAAAAUACAGCUUUUAGGAAUAAUAAUCAAAUUUGUUUGAAAAUAUUAAGGAUGGAAUCGCCGCAGGGGGAAUUGUAGGUGGAGCUGGUGCGAUGAUAGCNUAGAGGUAAUCGAAUUCAAGAACCUUAUUGUAUCUGUUUAUAUGGAUAUUUUGAUGAUUAGUUCAAUAACAAUUAUUAAAAAUGUGAUGGGACUUGUUUAGAAUGCAAUAUUAGCGGUUGCCUAUCUUGCUAUGGGAAUAGAUUGCUACAUGAUGAAAAUGAUUGUACUCCUCCAACAAACUCAAUUUCUUAUGACAUUUUCCCAACCAAUGCAAGAGGUAGGGUAGAGAAAUUAUUUAUUAUAUACAAUAAUUUAAAUUAGUUUCAAAGCAAGUAGAACAACUUGA